AUGGUGCGCGCCCCUCCGCAUGUGUACUCCGCACUCGUGAAGAAUCUGACUUCGAAAGAGGUAAAGGUUAAAGCCUUUUAUGCCGUUCCUGAUGCGGCUGAUGAGGAGGUGAACCUUACAAUAAAACCUGGAGAAACUGCUAAACUGGAGCAAAAAAUUGUACAAGCAACCACCUUUUCGAUGACGGCACACAUCCGACGCGUGGAGGCUGAUGGUUCCUUCCUUGAGACGCCAUUCACAGGUGUGUUGAGCCCUGUGCAGGAGUACAAAUUGGAGAUUCACGAAGCUGACGGCGCUUGCCAUUUGAAGGGAAGUUUGUAA